GUCCCCUCCAAAGCCAACAACCUUUUGUCGUCCAGGAAAAAAAAUUUUUUUAAAAAAAUGGGGAGUUAUAAUUAUUACAGGAUGUUUGGAUGUUUUAACCGGAAGUUUAAGAUCAGCGAGACGGAGCCACCCCCGGACGUGAUGAGUGCCUUCCAUAAGUACGCCGGGGGCGGGACCCACAUGACGGCCGACCAGUUUGCCAGGUUCCUGGUGGAAUACCAGGGCGAGGAAGGCUGCACUCUGGCGGAUGCAGAGAGGCUGAUGCACAUUGUCAUCCAGCGUCGUCACCAUUUGACCAAGUAUACUCGCCGGGGACUAGACCUUGAAGAUUUCUUUUAUUUCUUGUUCCAGGAUGAUCUUAAUGGCCCCAUUAAAAUUCAGGUACAUCAUGAUAUGACAGCUCCAUUGCAACAUUAUUUCAUAUAUACAGGUCACAAUUCAUACCUAACUGGAAACCAGUUGAGCAGCGACUGUAGUGAAAUCCCAAUCAUAAAAGCCCUAGAAAGAGGUGUUAGGGGAAUAGAACUAGAUCUGUGGCCCAAUUCUGCAAAAGAUAAUGUGCAUGUUCUUCAUGGAAGGACGCUGACCACUCCAGUGCCACUCAUUAAAUGCUUGAAGUCUAUUAGGGAGCAUGCUUUUGUCAAAUCUCCCUACCCUGUAAUAAUUACUUUGGAGGAUCACCUCACUCCGGACCUUCAGGCUAAAGUUGCAGAGAUGGUAAUUCAAAUUUUUGGAGAAAUGCUGUAUUACCCGGAGUCGGGAUGCUUAGAAGAAUUUCCCUCUCCGGAAGCAUUGAAGCAUCGAAUAAUUCUUUCAACCAAACCACCAAAAGAGUACCUUGAAAUAAAGAAUCAGAAAGAAGGAACUUCUUCACCUGCGGAAAAGGAUUCUUCUGAAGAUGAUUUUUUUAUGAAGGAUACGUUGGAGGGCGACCCAAAGUACGAUAGUGAUCCAGAUGAUGAAGAUGGAGACAUCCAAAACCAAAAAUCAUCCCAACUAGCAGCACCGGAGUACAAGCGUCUCAUUGCUAUUCAUGCUGGGAAGGCAAAACAGGGGUUGAGGCACGCAUUAGUAACUGGGCUGGACAAAGUUAAGCGUCUUAGUUUGACUGAACAAGACCUUGAAAGGGCUGCAUCUUUAUAUGGAACUGAUGUUGUGAGGUUUACACAGAAGAAUAUUCUGAGGGUGUUUCCAAAGGGAACAAGAGUAACCUCGUCCAAUUUUCACCCUUUAGUUGGCUGGACGCAUGGAGCUCAAAUGCUUGCAUUCAAUAUGCAGGGGUAUGGAAAAUCACUUUGGUUGAUGCAUGGGUUGUUCGGAUCUAAUGGAGGUUGCGGUUACGUUAAGAAGCCUGACUUUCUCAUGAAAAGGGGACCGCGGAAUGAGCUAUUUGAUCCUAAAGUAAAAUUGCCAGUUAAGAAAACUUUAAAGGUAAGCGUGUAUUUGGGAGAUGGAUGGCGAUUAGAUUUCAGUCACACACAUUUUGAUUCAUAUUCACCGCCAGACUUCUACACAAAGGUUCAGAUGGUAGGAGUGCCUGCAGAUGAGGCCAAGAAAAAGACGAGGAUAAUAGAGGAUGACUGGGGACCGAUAUGGGAUGAGGAUUUCACAUUCCCAUUGACAGUUCCUGAGUUAGCUUUGCUUCGGAUUGAAAUCCGUGAGCAUGACAUGUCGGAGAAGGAUGAUUUUGGGGGACAGACAUGCUUGCCUGUUUCGGAGUUGAGACCGGGGAUCCGAGCAGUUCCAAUUUACGAUAAGAAAGGAGAGAAACUUAGAUCUGUAAGGCUUCUGAUGCGGUUCCAGUUUAUAUGAACACUACUGCAUCCUUCAAGCCCGCCCGCGACGCGCUUCUUUUCCAUCCUUAAUGUUGUAGUAGAGUUGGAUUUGCGCGACCAGAUCGUUUGUACAGAGGAGUGCUGCAAUUGCAGUAACAAGAUACAACUUCUUUUUUUUUUUUUGAAAAAAAAAUGGUUCAAGUAAACAUUUUCUUGUAGACAUCAGCGAAACACAAAGGGCAUCGCUCUCUGAUUGGUGGGGUGGCAAUGCCAGGGAACCGGAUUCUCUGCGAAUUUCAGUGAGUUGUAACUUUAUAACCAGUUCGCCACAAAUUUAUAUCAUCCUGUUGAGGCACAAA